AUGCUUAUUAAGAGAUUAAGUAACAUCAUUGUUAAGUAUAGAUUCUCAAAAGAAAUUCUCGAUUUUGCAAAAUCUACACCUCCAAAAUAACAACUUACUUCAUAACCUGUUAAUUGUAUGGUCUUACAUCCUGUCUUAUAUCCUAAUAAGGGACCUGAAUUAGAAUUGUAUAUGGCUGAAGAAGCUAUAGGUUUAUCAAAAUCAUUAAGUUGGACUUUAGAAUAAGGACCUUUUUGGAAAGAAGAAUAUACUUAAGAUAUUAGAAGAAGUUAAGGUAAAAUUGAUGAGGAGGAUUAAGAUAAUUAAUUAUAAGAAUAAAAUCAACAAAAAGAUUUCCAAAUUAAUGAAGAUGAUUUAGGUCAUGAAUGGAGAAAUAAAAUUAUUAGAAAUUCAAUAGCAAAAUCAUCAUUAGUCAAAAUACCUAGGAUUCAUUCAACAACAUUCUUUACAAAAGGUAAACUUGCUAUGUUAGGAUAACAUAUAUAAUCUAAAAGGAUUAAUGCUGUAUUUAUAAAUCAUGAAUUAACACCAUUAUAAACUAGAAAUUUAGAAAAAUUAUGGACUCAAUAUUCAAAAGGAGAAAUAACAUCUGUAAUUAAAGAAGAUAAUAAUGAAAAUAAUGAAGCUAUUAUUACAGAUGAAAUAGAAUCUGAUAAUGAUUUUGAAGGUCUCUCAGUUAAAGUAUUUGAUAGAUUCACCAUGAUUUUAUAAAUAUUUGCUAAAAGAUCUACAUAAGGUGUUUCUAGAUUAUAAAUUGAAUUGUCAUUUCUUAAAUUUGCAAAAACUAAAUUAGUAAGAAGUGGAAGUGCCUUUGUUUCACUCUCAUCAAUCUUUAAAGGAGAUUUAAUGAUGGCUAAAGAGGUUUAUGUUGAAGUUGUAUCAGCUAAAUAAAGAAGAGCUUUAGGUAAAAUGAGUGGAUCAGGAGAAAGUGAAUUAUAAUUAUAAAGAAGACUUAUAGAUGAUAGAAUUGCAAAAGUCAAAAAACUUAUUGAUGAAGAAAGUUAAUAAAGAUCUAAAAUUAAACGUAAAAAACUCAUUCACACUGUUCCCAGAAUUGCAUUAAUUGGAUACACAAAUGCUGGUAAAUCUUAAUUAUUGAAUUGUAUAUUAUAAAAGGAAGUAGUCUAGAGUAGAGAUUUACUUUUUUAAACUUUAGAUACAACCUCAAAAUCUAUAAGAUUAGCCUCUGGAUAGAAAGCAAUAAUGUUAGAUACUAUUGGAUUCAUCACUGAUCUACCACAUGAUUUAGUAGAAUCAUUUAAAUCUACAUUAGAAGAAGUUGAAGAUGCUGAUAUAGUAUUACAUAUUAGAGAUAUAUCUCAUCCAUGUACAGAAUAAUAAAAAUAAGUUGUCCUUGAUGUUCUUAAAGAAUUAGGAUUUAAUUAAGAUUUUUAUAAUAAGAAAAUGGUAUUCUCUAAUUAUUAAUAUAGAUUGAAGUAUGGAAUAAAAUUGAUUUGAUGAAUUAUCCAAUAGAUUAUGAAUUUAUUGAAUCUUAGGAUUAUCCCAUAGUACCUAUAAGUGCAUUGAUGAAUAUUAAUAUCAAAAGGUUGCUUUAAGUUAUGGAGGAAAAAUCUAAUCAAAUAAUGAAUAAGAAACUAUACAGAAUCAAAUAUAAUAUAGAUUAACAUUUUGAAAGGCUUAAAUGGUUAUAUGAGAAUGGAAACAUUUCAGGAGUUAAGAAUGAAAUAUAAAUACCUCCUAUUAAGAAAGGAGAUCCUACAAUCAUAGAGUAUGAUGUCAUCAUAGAUGAAAUCACUUUCAAUAGAUACAUAGCCACCUUUUAACCUGAAAUGAGAAUUAAAAAAAAUAAAGGAAUGCCUCCUUCAAAUUGGAAAUGA